CCCUGACGCACAGUUCCGUAGUAGCUCCAGUCCGCCAUCUUUCGUCGCCGCGUGUGUCAGCGUUUGUCUGUGGAACUGGUCCAUUGAAGAACUAUUCGGCUAGCUCUUGUCAACCUUCAGGUAAUACAGCUGGCCAGCUUGGUUCAGAAUCCAGCAACAUGAACCAAGAAAAAUUGGCCAAACUUCAGGCUCAGGUCCGAAUAGGAGGGAAGGGGACAGCGCGUCGAAAGAAGAAGGUGGUGCACAGAACAGCAACGGCCGAUGACAAAAAACUUCAGAGUUCGUUAAAGAAAUUGGCUGUGAAUAAUAUUGCUGGUAUUGAGGAGGUGAACAUGAUUAAAGAUGACGGGACAGUGAUUCACUUCAACAAUCCCAAGGUGCAGGCCUCGCUGUCUGCCAACACCUUCGCCAUCACGGGCCACGCCGAGACCAAGCAGCUCACGGAGAUGCUUCCUGGAAUCCUCAGCCAGCUCGGUGCCGACAGCCUCAGUAGCUUGCGCAAGCUGGCGGAGCAGAGAUACCCUCGGCAAGUGCUUGACAAUAAGGCACCAAAAGCAGAAGAUAUCGAUGAGGAAGAUGAUGAUGUCCCAGAUCUUGUAGAGAACUUUGACGAGGCAUCGAAAAAUGAAGCGAACUGAAGUUUCCUUGGAGAUGAAGGAUACCUCCAAAGAUGGGGACUGCAAUCAAGAAAGGAGCUUGUGUCAGUGUUUUAACUUUAGAAAACUAGCCUCAUAUUUGACACCAACCAACCAAUCAGGGACUGCUGUAUCAUAACUGGUUGUCUCCAUCGGGACUUUCCAAUCAAACAGAAUGAUGCACUUAAAUCGGAAAAUCUUUAAACUAUACACAACGGUUCAAUAAUUGUCUUCAAAUGGUCAGUUUUGCCUUUGAUUGCAGUUAAGAGGAAUGAAUGGUAGUCUUAUUUAAGUUUUUUUGUUUGUUUAUGCAGUAAAAAAUAAAAUGAAUUAACCUCUUCUA